AUGCAGCAAUCAAGAUCAAGUGAACAACUGGAUUUAGAUGAGUUGCUAACAGUCAGUAAAGAGCCGCGCAGAUACGAGUUCAUCAUUCUUCAGCAUCCUGAAAUCGCUCGAGCAACGUCCCCUUCGGAGAAAGAUCGUCGUGUCGUGGAUCCGCCGUGCAUCCUGCAGCUCAAGAUAUAUGACAGCAGAGGCAAUCUCGAUGAUAAUGCAAUGAGGUCACCCUUCUGGGUCGUGCAGGCGAUGCUAGAGGGUCCGCAUCAAAUGCCAUUUCAAUUGCUUCAAGGCCAAUUAGCGUCUUCUGCGUCGUACGUUGCUGCUGGUUGGGCUCACGACGCUGGCUGUUACUUUGUUUUUAGUGACCUUACAAUCACGAAACCAGGCCUGUACCAUUUAAAAUUCGUCCUCACUACUGUCCGCCCUUUACCCGCCAGGCCGGAUGAGCUUCCGGUCCUUGGUGAGGCUCACGCCAAAGCGAUACGCGCAUAUCCGCAAAGGGAAUUUCCUGGAACUGCAGCCUCGUCUGAUCUCGCAAAGAGUCUGGCUGACCACAAGGUGUCCAUAUCCAUCAAGCUUGUCGACAAUCGCAACCCGUCUAAUCGCACUUAA